GAUUGAGAUCAUGAACUGAUUGAUGUUAGACCAUCAUGGAAAACCUAGAGGCUAAGAGUUCGCUCGCGAGACUGAGGACCAUGGGUUCGAAUCCCGCGAGCGAGAUCGUGCAUGCGCACUGUUGAAGAAUCCCACAAUAGGACGGAACGGUCGUUCAAUGCUUCCAGGUUUUCCAAUGAUGGUCUAGCUUUAAUUGAUUUAUGAAUUUAACUAUUGCAAUAAUUUAAUGCCAAUUAAGGAAUUAAAGAAAUUAACUAUAAAUUAAAAUCACCAAUGAAAAGAAUUAUAUAAUUCCGUUAAAUUUACAUUAUGAUUGGCUAUCUUUAUUUACUUAUUAUCAUUAUUAUAUCUGAAUGAAAUUAGGUAUAGAAUUUUCAUAUCUUUUAUAACUGUGUUUUAUUCCUAUCCCCUAAUACAUAAAUAAAUUUUAAAUUAUUGGUUAAAAAAAGAAAAAAACCUACAGAAAAUUUUUUAAUACACUAGAAUAAGGAGUGAUGGGUGGGUGGGUGGUAAAUGAGAGAAGAAGCGCAAACAUUUUAAGCCAAUCAACAUUCGAUUAGCUAAAUUUACUAAAAAAUUUUAAUCGAAAAACGAUAGAUAGGUAGAAAGAAAAAAAAGAAAAAAAACCCUAGUGGGUAACAAAAAUUAAUUUUUUAUUAUUAUUUAAUUAAUUUUCCUUCAUUUUCAUUUCCUUUCUUUUUUUUGUUUUUAUUUUUAUUAAUCAAACAAUCGUUAAAAAUAUUCUGAAUAUACAUUGAAUAUGAUACAGCAACACGAUUCAGAUACUAAACAUUUACCAUUCACAAUACAUACUCUAUUAGAACUUAAUAAUCAUAGUAAUAAUCAUAAUAAUACUACUUUGAAUAAUCAAUCAAGUAAUGAAACAAAACAAUUACCUUUAGAGAAACAUUUACAAAAAACUUUCACAAAAAAUGGUACUACUCAUCAAUCAACAAAACAAUCAAUGUCAACAAUCAGUGAUAUAAAACAAAGUCAAAAUUCUAUAAAUUCUAAUUGGAUACCAAGUAAAUUAGAUGAAAAAUUAUUUUUACAAUUAUUUAAAAAUGUUUAUUUUUCACAAAUUCAAUUACCAUUAAAUAUUAACACUACUAUUACUACUAAUAAUACUACUAGUAAUAGUAGUCAUGACAACUAUAUGAAUUAUGGUAUUCCUAGUAUUAAUAAUAUUGUAAAUUAUUUACAAACAGAUCAUUGGUCACAAUUAUUAAAUCUUACAACACAUAAUUCACUAUCUUAUCCAAUUCAAUCAUCAUCAUCAUCAUCAUCGUCAUCAUUCAAAGAUCAAUCUGAUAUAAUUAGAUCUACAUUAAAACAUUUGAAUCCUGAUCAUUUACAAUCUAAGUGUACAUUUUCAUCAAAUAGUCAAUACAAAGAGGAUGUUAUUCAGAAAAAAACUCUUUUCAAUACUAAAUUCGAAAGUUAUAUUAGUUCUUCUAUUCAACCAUCCCUUACAUCAAUUGCUGAUGUUUGUAAUCCCCAUUCAGAAUUUGUCAAUCAUUCAUCACAAAAUGAGCCAAUAUAUGAAAAUAAUGAGUUAUCAUCUGCAACGUUACUACCAUCAGCCAUAUCUGUUCCAUAUUUAUUUCCCUCAUUCACUUUACUGAAUAAUCAAUCAUUAGAAAAGCAAUAUAACCCUUAUACUUGUGAUAAUUCUCACAGGAAUCUGUCAUAUAAUUGUACAGAAGUUAAUAAUAGACAAGGUGCUCAUUCACAGUCUUCACUUUCACUGAACUAUACUGCUUCAGAUAAUCUUGUUAAGUUGAUAAAUAAAUCAGUUGAUACAAGUUGUGUUGAUUCUGUUGCUGUUUCUACUACUGAUAUCAUUUCCAGAAUUAAUAAUGAUAAUUCUACUAUUACUACUACAACUACUAAUAUCAGUAGCAAUACUACUUAUAAACAUAAAAGUAAUCGCAGUAGUAAUACUAACAUACGUGAGCAUAAAACUAAAUCUAGAAAGACAAAUUCUACUAAUUUUCUACAUAGGAAAAGUAACAAUACAUCAAGUCAUAUUUCAUCAUCUAACAAAAUUGAAAUACUGACAAAUUAUAUGAAUCGGGAUAAUGUAUUGUUAAAACUCAAUGGUGAUGACGGUGAUGAUGACAAUGUCGAUGGUAACGAUCAUGAUGAUGAGGAUGGUAAUAGCUUCAAUGAUGAUGAUGAUAAUGAUAAUAAUGAUAACAAUAACAACAGUGUUAAACCAAGCAAACGAAGAAGACAUAGAACAAUAUUUACAAGUGGACAAUUAAAUGAACUAGAGAAAGCAUUCCAUGAAGCCCAUUAUCCAGAUGUUUAUCAGCGUGAAUUAUUAUCUAUGAAAGCUGAAUUACCUGAAGAUAGAAUUCAAGUUUGGUUUCAAAAUCGACGAGCAAAAUGGCGUAAAACAGAAAAGAAAUGGGGUAAAAGUAGUAUUAUGGCUGAAUAUGGUUUGUAUGGAGCUAUGGUUCGACAUUCACUGCCUUUACCUAAAACAAUACUUAAAUCAGCUUUGGAUAAUAAUGACGAGUCAUGUGCACCAUGGUUGUUAGGUAUGCAUAAGAAGUCAUCAAUGCAAUCUAAUAUAGAACAACAAGAAUUAAAACAAGACACAGUAAUUGAUUCAAGUAAUUGUGAUCUAUCAAGUCCUACAACUACUAUCACUUGUUUAACUGAAUCUAUACAAUCAUCAAAUGAAUCCGAUAAAAUGUAA